AUGGUAGGAAAGAGAAAUAGCGGAGUUCUUAUUUGUUUUAAUUAUUUAGCAAAUAAUUGCAAGGAUGAAAUUAAGAAUAAAGAUAAUGAUGAUGACGAUGAUGGCUUGUUGGAAAUAUUAAUGGAAAAGAUUAAAAGUAAAUUGAGUGGAAGAAAAUUCAAUUCCGAAAACAAAUCAUCAAUUAUUGGUUUUUCUCUCAAUUUUCAAUAUGAAACAACAAUUGGCUUGACGAGAAUACAAUCACCACUGAAUGGCCAAUUUGAUGCUCCAAUGGAUAUUAAAAUUGAUGAAAAGAGAGCAUUAAUUCUCGUCUCCGAUUGUGGUAAUAGGAGAGUGAGUGUCUUUGAUAGCUAUACAAAGGAAUUUAAAUUCAAUAUUCAAUUGAAUUCUCAUCCGUGUACAAUUCAAUUGGAUGGAGAGGAUGGUUUGAUUAUUGCAUGUGAUAAUGGACAUGUUUUCAUGUAUGAUUUGGAGUUGGGAAAAUUCAGAUGGAAAACCAGAGAUGAAUUUCACAGAGAGGAUUCGUAUUUGGGUUCUGUUUAUGUGAAUCGUGGAAGAGGCCAUGUCUAUAUUGGAGAUUUCAAUGAUGGAGGAGUCAGAGUGUUGGAUAUUGAAACAGGAAUUGAUAUUAAGGGAGAUUCUGAACUAAUGACCAUUUAUUGGACUCGUUUUGCUGUUGGAGCUUAUGGAAUGGAAAGUUUGAUGGAUGAACGAAUGGUCAUUAGUUAUUUUCUGAAGAAUUCUGUCCUGAUUGUGUUGGAUUCGUAUGGUGCUCUUCCUUUGAAAUUGAAGAGCUCAUUCAAUGGUCCAAGAGGAAUUUGUGUCGACAAGACGAAUCAAAAUAUUUUCGUAUGUGAUGAAGGAAAUGAUAAGAUUCAUAUAUUCGAUAGGAGUGGAAACUUUAUUCGUUCAUUUGGAGAGUAUGGCACUUCGGUAUUUUGUGGAUUUUCUGGCUUAUUCAGUUGUGCUAUUAAUUAUCAGAGUGGUGAAUUACUUGUCGCUGACACCAACAAUUAUAGAAUUCAAAUUUUUAGGUAG